AUGUCUUUCUUCGGGACUUCUACCAGCAAGCCGACGCUCAAUCUGGGGCUCAGCACUACAACACCUGCAAACGCAGGAUCUUCCUUGUUCGGCCAGACCACAAACCAGCCGGCGGCAUCUACCUCCACAAACACACCAGCGGGAACAUCUUCACAACCGCAGAUAGACAUCACCCAUUUACGAUCUACCACAAAGUUCGACCAACUCACACCCGACCUGCAGAAAGAGAUUGAGAAUGUCGAUACAAUGAUCUUGAACCAGAUCAAGCUUGCCUCAGAGGUAUCCGACCUCCUACCCACUGUGACCUCCGCCGGGGGGACACUACCGAAUAGCGUGGAGUUUGUCAGCCAGAAACUCGAAGAGGUCGAAGUAGGACUUGGCAAUGACGCCGAGGCCAUUGUCGCAGUCAGAGACGGAGACUUGAAGAAGGGGGAGUUGGAGGCGAAAUGUGUCUUCCGCGCCAUUGACCGAUUGAAGAUGCCGAGACAAUAUCAAGUAAUAAGCCACACACAACCCGAGAACCUGGCCGGCAGCGGGAUCUAUGGCGGAGCUGGACUCAGCGGAUGGUGGAACAAUCCCCAGAGCUUAAAAGGAAGCGUUCGUGCAACCAGCGCACAAGGCCAUACCAUUCAACUACCGGGAGAAGAUACCGAAGAAGUCCAAGGCCCGAAGAGCUUGACUGAACUGUUCAAUACACGGGCCAGCGAGAUGGAAGAAACCAUUGAAGGCAACCGACAACUCUUGGGCGAGAUUGAAGACUUUGUCCAGGGACUCGAGGGCAAGGUCAUUGUCAAAGAGCGGGAAUUGAACGAACGUCUCAGUUACGGUGACCGCAGUGCAAGUGGCAUGAGUGAAAAGGACCAUCAGAUCCAACUACUUCGAUAUGUCUUUGGUGAAGUCCAGAGAAGUCUCUAUGAUGUCGCCGACAAAGUGGGCGCUACCAGAGACGAGUUUGCGCAAUUGACAUUUGGAAGAUGA